UAUGCAAUAAAUGUAGUUUUUUAUAAGCACAAUGUAUGCUUAUGUCUAUUUCGCUCUUCUCACAGAUUCGUAUCGAGAAAUCAAUCAAGUAUUACAUUUCCUAUUCAGAAUUUUGAAUUGGGCAGUAUUCACGAUGCACUUAAAAAACUAAAAUUUUUUAGAUUGAAAGGCAUAGAAAUGUACUUCAUGCAAUUUCUAAUAAAUAUAAAUUAAUAAAAAUGUAUUACGAUUGAAAAGGAUUCAUUUCAACGUUCGCGAAUGUGUACUUUUGAAAUACUUUUUUAUUUGUACGACACAAAUAUGCGUUGAAUGUAUACGAGGAUGUCGGGGGAUCAUUUGUGUCUGCGCGCGCUCAAUUUUGAAUAUUAAGAAAAUGACGCCCACUAUCGGGCUUCACGAGUACUUUCCCCCUCCCCACCUCACAAGUUUCUUUAGUAGCAGAACGGCGCGUAUGUACUUGCUUGUUUUCAAAAUAGUCAUAAUUUAAUUUAAAAAAUCACCUGGACACAAACGACUCUCGUAUACACGGUUUGAAUUAAAAUUCUAACUAUUCACACACCUCUAAAAUGUAAUAAUAAACAUAUUGGAAUAGAAUGCUACACGAGUGCAACCUAAGUAUUUAUCAAUUAUCCUUGUUUUGAAUGUUGAUGUUAAUCAAGGAUAACAUAAUACUUGGGCAACGCUCUGGUAGGAAUUCUGAACGCGCCUUUGAAGAUGCUUGAAGGAUAAAAAAAUAAUGAAAGUAAUGUUUUGUAACAUAUAUAGGUGAUCGUCACAGUUAACACGUCGGCUGAUAUUAUAGUACGUUAAUGAGAUUAUAUUGGAUUUUACGAAAAUGUUUGAAGAUCACAACUUUUCAGAUAUUUCAAAGCAAUAUCUAAAUCUACCACAAACUGCUCUAGAAUGUCGAAUGCUCAUGAUAGGUUCUUAUGAAUGUAUUCCUCGGGAAAAAGUAGUGAUUUCUUACAAUGGUGUAAGAUUUGAUGUCCCUUUGGUAGAAGAUGGUACAAGUUUUGUAACUUUGAAUGUGAAACACAGAGAUGUAGUUAGACUUUUAAUUAAUUUUGAACAAACUAUGCCAGUACUAUUCUUUUAUAUGUCUUCAAGUAUAGGAACCAUGGUACGUGAAUUAUUAGGAAUGCAAGAUCCAAAGGGACCGUAUUAUGAUCCUAUUGGGAAAGAUCUUUUGCAUAGACGUAUUACGUUAUUACCAGAUAAGUUACCGGAGGAUUCAAAGGCGAUACUAACAAAUUUAUUCUCACGAGAAGAUAAAAUAGUCGAAUUGAAUCCCCAGGAAGCUAACGUCAUACUUCUACGGGCGUUACCAAGGGAUCAUUCGCUUAUUAUUACAAGGAAGUUAAAUCAAAACCUAACAAAUACUACCCUCGAUAUUACCAGUAUCGAUGAUGACGUACAAACAAUAAUUACAUAUCCACCAUUUCCUGCAGAAGGAAGAAUGACCAUUAACACUAGACAUUAUCUAUGUCUCGCAGAAGACCAAUACUUGAACGAUAUGAUUAUAGAAUUUUAUUUAAAGUAUUUAACCUUAGAGGUAUUGUCAGAAUUUGAUCAACGUAGAACUCACAUGUUCAGUUCAUUUUUUUAUCAGCGUUUGAUCACUCCAUAUUUCGGAGAAACCCAAAAUACCGUGACACUUGCCACCGAACGGCACGCAAGAGUACAAAGGUGGACGAGGGAUGUUAAUAUAUUUGAAAAAGAUUUUGUUAUAGUUCCUAUAAACAAAUAUGAACACUGGUUCUUGGUUAUUAUUUGCUUUCCUGGAUUAGUUGGAAAAGUUUCCAAACAUACAAAAACUAGCAAAAGUGAUAGUUUCGUUAGUUAUUUUAAUAUGGGCGAAGACUCUUCUAAAUCUGUACAAAAGAACAAAAAAAUAAAAACAGAGCAGAAGGAAAUCAAGAUUCCUUGCAUAUUAAUAUUUGAUUCGCUCGGUGGUACUAAAUACCCAUCGGUAAUUACUACAUUAAGAGAUUAUUUAAGUUGCGAAUAUGUUGUCAAAUUUGGUGUAAAAAAGACAUUCUCGAAAGAUACUAUUAAAGCAGCGUAUCCGAAAGUACCCAAGCAAUCAAAUUGUACUGAUUGCGGAUUAUAUUUAUUACAAUAUGUGGAAAGUUUUUUCAAGGAUCCUAUUAAAGAUUAUACUUUGCCAAUUAAAACCUUGGAAGUAUGGUUUGAAGAAAUUGUCAUAACGAGGAAGAGGGAGGAAUUAUCGAAUUUGAUAAUUAAAUUAAUGAAUAACAUUAAAGGGAAUAAAACUAUUAAUUUGCCUACUAUAAAAUUUCCGACACAAAAUAGCAAGUUGAAACCGGAAAUUAGAUGUAAUUACUUCUGAACACAGAAUAUA